AUGUCUUUGCCUUCUUCUGUGGACUCUGCGCCUGCUGAGUACAGCCCUGAUAUACAGCACAGGGUCUGUACGAAAGCUCUGGUCCAGCUCCAGAAAGAAAUUUCUGGAUAUCGAGCUGGCAAAGAUGGGCGUGGGUAUGUGCACUCCUCUGGGGAGUGCACAUACGCAGUUCUGAAAUCUCGUCUGAG